AUGGAUCUGAUGAACCGAGUGUUUCAGCCCUACCUAGAUUGGUUUGUAGUGGUGUUCAUUGAUGACAUAUUGGUUUAUUCAAGGACUGAGGAUGACCAUGACGAGCACCUUAGGAUUGUUCUUCAGAUUUUAAGGGAAAAGCAGCUCUAUGCUAAGUUUAGCAAGUGUUAUUAUCGAUGGUUUAUGGAAGGAUUUUCACUGAUCGCAGUACCCUUGACUAAGCUGUUACGUAAAGGUGAUGGUAAGGUGGUUGCCUAUGUGUCUCGUCAGCUUAAGGCACAUGAGGUGAACUAUCCAAUGCACGAUUUAGAGUUGGCUGCCGUUGAGAAUAAUUGCACUACUGAUUUGGGGAUAAACAGUAAUGGGGUACUUUGUUUCCGCGGUCUGAUUUAUGUACUGAAUGAUGAGGAUUUAAGGCAAUCGAUUCUGAGAGAGGUGCAUGGUAGUCCCUAUACUAUGCAUCCCGGGGGGAAUAAGAUAUACCGAGAUAUUCGGGAAUUGUACUGGUGGCCAGGGUUGAAGCAUGAGGUUACCAACUUCGUUGCUCACUGUUUGACUUGUCAGUAG